CGGUGCAUUCUGCGGCUAGUAGCCACCAAGGCGGACAACCGAGCAGAUCAAUCCAAUUCCAUUCAAGAUGCGACAUCCCACUUUGGGCCUGGGCCUAGGCCUUCUCCUCGUUCUUGUGAUUUACUCCUCGCCGCUCCGAGCGGCUCCCGUCGAGGUCGUGUACACGGGCGACGAGGGCUGUGCCUGCCCCACCCAGCUGGGCUACCAACUAAACGUUCCCAAUCCGCCCAAGCCCAAGAAGUACGCGAGCAGCGACUACGGCUACCGUGUGGAGAAGCCCGUUCAGACGAAGGCCAAGAUCACCUACAGCUUCGACUUCACCGUAGAGCAGCCGCGCACUCCGGCUCCGCCUAAGGUCAAUCCUGCCAAGCUCUACGCCAAGGUGGACCGGGUUACAGUCAACAAGGGCGACUGCCAGGCCAAGUACAAGUCGUCAUGCAGCUGCUCGAGCUGUUCCACCCAGAAGCCCAGGUACGUAGCUCCUCCGGUCAGAUCGCCGAAUGCGAUACGUCGGCGUAGGGAUCUCAGGCCGCCUGGUUCCCUCCUCCGCCGGCGGCUCAUGCGCCAGCAGCAGCUUCAGGACCGUCCGCCGCGUUACGUAAAGUUAUAUCACAAGGAUCUGGCCGCCCAGCAGCAGAAGAAGCUUGGCCUCCUUGGCCUCCUGGCCGUGGAGUCCCCGACAGCGGAUAUUAAGUCCAAGCGGAAGACCAAAAAGGUGCCACCCACCUGGACGGGACUGGGUCAUCGCCUGCGAAAGCGCGACAUUAAGGGCGAGUUCGAUCUCAUAGAGCAGGAGCGCUCGCAGAUUGAUCUCACGGCUCCCGAAAUAGUCCAGUUCAUGCCGGAGGCUCUGAGUCCGGAUUUUAAGCCCGGACAGUGCCAUAUGGGCUGCGGAGCAAUGACCGCACACGCCCCGCCUCCAGAUCCACAGCCAUACCCAGAGCCGGCUGUCCCAAAAGAAAUGCCAGUGGAGGAGACCACGCCCACCGAGGCGCCGCUUGAGGAGCAGCAGCCCAACUCGAUUCCGGCGAAGAGGGCGGCCGCCUUCGGGUACUAUCCCUUGGUCCAGAUUCCAUCGCCGCUGCUCCCCCCCGAAAGACACGAGACGGGCUACAAGUUCGUCGACGACUCGCAGCUAAGAACGCUGCUGUCGACCACUUCGGUGCCGGAUCCGCUGGAGCACAGCUCCACGCCCCUGCAGUUCGCCGGGGAUCUUGAGGCCGUGACCCGCCGCUCAUACGGCGGAUCCCUGCUUCAGGGGCUCGGCCUCGGCGGCGGCUACCCCGUGGAGCAUGUGUCUGACUCACAGCUGGACAGCAUUAUCUCCGGCAUUGUGUAUAACCAUCCAGGCUACAGCUACUCGAGCACAGAGGGGGGAGGCAGCCUGGUCGAUCCGGAGCCAGUGCAGAAACAGCAGACGACUGACUUCCUCAAGAAACUCAUAGACGGUCGCCUGGGGGGCUGGGGCUUCGACUCUGCCACGGAGCCGGAUGAAGCCCUCCGUGCGGACUACUCCACGCGGCCGGCGAAGACUUACGGCUACAACAGCCACACCCAGAAUGGCUACAGUGUAGACACCUACAAUGUGCCGCCCAUUACGGAUUACCUGAGGGCCUGGUUCUAGACCGGAGCUACCCACGACCCCUAGAUGUAGUAACUAUUAGUUAGAAACCCAGAAACCAAAAACAAAAAGCCCAAAACACAAAAAACCAAAAAACAGAAUAUACAAAAUAAAUUGAAAAAGAUUGC